AUGGACAUGUGUGGUUCUGUGCUUCUCUGCUGUGCUUGGCUGAUGCUGCAGUUAGCCGACGGGGAACUAGAUUACACCUCUCAGGGAGAGGGGAUGCAGUUGCAGGGAGACCUCUCCAUCGCUGGACUCUUUCCCCUCCACUACGCUGAUGAAUCAAGAACUGGUUUGCCUGCUUUGGCUCCAUGCAAUGAGGGUACACCCAACAAGCACGGGUUUCACUUGUUGCAAGCCUUCAGAUUUGCUGUGGAAGAAAUAAACAACCUCACCAGACCACGGUCUCUCUUACCUGGGAUGAAGCUCGGCUAUCAGCUGUAUGACAUCUGCUCAAACCAAGCCAGCUUCCUGGCCACUCUGGACCUGCUGGCACAGCAGUACCGGAAUAUUUCUAUCCCUGAGGCGGAUGGAGACCCAGGUACAAACUCCAGCACAGGUCAAAAAGCAGUGGCUGUGAUUGGACCUGACAGCAGCAGCAAGGCGUUCGCCCCUGCUGCCUUACUGGGGGCCUAUCUUAUACCACAGAUCUCCUACGAGGCGUCCAAUGAAUUGCUGAGCAACAAGUUCCUCUACCCAGCCUUCUUCAGAACAAUUCCCAGUGACAAGAACCAGGUGGCAGCUAUGAUCCAGCUCCUGGUUCGUUUCAACUGGACCUGGAUUGCCCUCUUGGGCAGCGACAAUGACUACGGUUUGCAGGGCAUGCAGAGCCUGUCCCAGCAAGCGUCACGCUACGGCAUCUGCAUCGCCUACCAGGGAAUCAUCCCCUCUUUCAGCAAAGACACGGUCCACACCAUGAGGACCAUGGUGGACAGCAUACUCACCACCAAAGUCAACACCAUCGUGGUGUUCUCCAGCAAGUCGAAACUCAGACAGUUCUUCCCCUUUGUCAUCGAGCGGAACGUCACAGAUAAGGUGUGGAUUGGGACGGAGGACUGGUCGGUGGCCACGCUCAUAUCAGGGAUACCCGGGAUCCACACCGUGGGCACUGUGCUCGGCGUGUCGGUCAAAUACGCAGCCAUUUCCGGAUUUGAGGAGUUUCAGAAAAAGGCUCUCGAGGCUUCGCUGCAAAGCGGCGACGCCCAGGAGGAGUCUGGCGUUCCCACGGGCGCAGGAGACGUCUGCUUACAGAGCACGGGCCUGCACAGCCUCACCAGGAAGAAUUUCUCUCUGGAGAAAUAUGACAUCACCUCCUCCUUCAACGUGUACAAGGCGGUGUACGCCGUGGCUCAUGGUCUGCACACAGCACUUGGCUGUGACACUGGAGAGUGCAGAAAGAGAAGCAUAUACCCGUGGGAGCUUCUGUCGAGUCUCAAGCGGGUGCACUUCUCUCUGGACAACUCCUCCGUGUACUUUGAUGUGAACGGCGACCCCCCCACAGGAUAUGAUAUCGUUACCUGGAUUUGGAGGGGGAGGGAGUGGUCUCUCAGAGUGGUGGGCUCCUUCACACCAGAUCCGGUGACGCUCACACUUGAUGCCGGUCAAAUUGAAUGGCACGGCGAGGGAGACUCAACACCGGUGCCGCUGUCCAUCUGCUCUCCUCCCUGUCCAGUGGGUCACAAGAAGCUGCUGACGGGGCAGCACUCAUGCUGCUUUGACUGCCAGGCCUGUCCUGCAGCAACAUUUCUCAAUAAAAGUGAACCCACUCUAUGCCAGCCAUGUCAGCCAGAGCAGUGGUCCCCCCCGAGCAGCGAGCAGUGUCUGAACAGAACGGUCCUGCUGCUGGCCUGGGACGCCCCCAUCUCCGUCGCCCUGCUCUUUUUUCUGGCCGCCUGUGUUCUCAUGACCUCCAGCUCCGCACUAAUCCUCCUGGUCAACCUGAACACGCCCGUGGCCAAGUCAGCUGGAGGCCGCACCUGCCUCCUGAUGCUGGCAGCCCUGACGGCCGCCGCUAUGAGCUCUUUGUGCCACUUUGGCCGGCCGACCCCUCUGGCCUGCAUCCUCAAGCAGCCCCUAUUCAUCGUCAGCUUCACCGUGUGUCUGGCCUGCAUCACCGUGCGCUCCCUCCAGGUCGUCUGCAUUUUCAAAUUUGCAUCCAAGCUGCCGCCGGCCUACGACAAAUGGGCAAAAAACCACGGGCCGGAGUUCACCAUCUUUCUGGUGUCCGUCAUCAUCCUGCUUAUUUCUGCUCUCCGCGUGGCCCUGAGCCCUCCCCAGCCUUCCCAGGAUCUUGAGUUCUACACAGACAGCAUUGUGGUGGAAUGCAGCAAAACCCUGUCGCUCGGGUCAGGCUUCGAGCUCGGUUACGUGUCGCUGCUCAGCGUCCUCUGCUUCUCUUUCACGUACAUGGGGAAAGACCUGCCAGCCAACUACAACGAGGCCAAGUGUGUCACCUUCAGCCUCAUGGUGUACAUGAUCUCCUGGAUGAGCUUCUUCACCCUCUACCUCAUCAGCCGGAGCCCGUUGACCAUGGCCGCGUACGUGUUCGCUACGCUCUUCAGCGUCCUGGCCUUCCUCGGAGGAUACUUCCUGCCCAAAAUCUACAUCAUCGUCCUGAGGCCACAGAUGAACACGACUGCACAUUUCCAGAACUGCAUUCAAAUGUACACCAUGAGCAAACAGUGAAUAACAUCAUUCUCCCUCAUGGUCUGUAAUUUGAAUUAAUUUGAUUAUAAAAUGCUUAUUUUGUGCGUGAAAAGAAGUUUUACCAGUCUGCUCUCAUCAUUAUUCUCUUUAUACCGGAGCCGUGCAAGGAAGGUCAGAGGUCACACCGAUCUCAGAUCUGCCCGCUUUAAUCUACGCAAGCACAAGUUGCUGAAAGGAGUGAAUUAGUGUUCUUUUCUCUAACAAAGAAACGUUAAUUGG